CCGAGAAUGGAAUUUAUCGAAAGAGGACGGCAGAGACAAAGACAAAGACAAAUCUCAGUCCAUGGCAUUCGCAGCGCUGUCCUCUUCCCUUGUGUGUCUACUCCAGUAUUCCAUUCGAGUGCUUGGCUUUGGUGAGAGCUGCUACUAUUGAAGCUAGCUAGCUAAGGUGGCAAGUUAUAGCCAACCGUCAAGAAAGUAGAAGAGACCGAGGUGAUUGAGUGGAGGUCCAAAGAGCAUUGUGCUUUUAUUUUGGAAUCCUUUUGGAUACUACUUGCAGAGAAGUGUGUAAAGAAGAGAAGAUCAUCAUGUCAUCUCAUCAUCAGCAGCGACCAUCGUCGUCGUCGUCUUCGUCGGCCAUGCCACCCCGGUCAUCGGCUCGCAGCAGUUUUUCCUCUUUAUCAGGAGGAGCUGCAAAUGCUACUACAAAUGGUGGUGGAGGAGUCAAUCGUCGUCGGUCUCCGUCACCGCAACAACUCGCCCGGAGCCGUCGUACUUCCACUACUGGUAGUACCGCAAGCAGUACUGGCAGUACGAACAGCAGUGUGAGUUCGGUCCUGAGCAAUUUGAAAUUUGGACGAUCGUCAUCUCCUUCGGGCAGUGUGACGGGAGGUCACAAGCCGUGGCACAACAGUGAUGAAUUGGAAAUGCUGCCUACUCGCAAUAUGCAGCAUCAAACAUCGGCUAGAACGACUCGAGUUGACUUGUCUUUGCAAGGAGGAACCGCCAAGGCAAGAAGCCGAAGCAGUAGUAGCGAUCGCGAAGAAGAUGAAUACGACAAGUACGGAUUCUCCGAUUGUUAUCCCAAACAACAUCAUCCUACUACUGCACAGGCACAAUCCACUACUAGCACUACCAGCACUACUAGUACCGAAGGAACACCCAAAAAAGACGAUGCGUAUGCGCGCUAUUUACAGCAACGAGACAAAACAUCCUAUGCCAGAUCUUCUUCCUUUACUGGUAAUAGUACUACCAAUGGUCAUGGAGACACAACAAACAACAACACUUCAGCUACUACUGCUACUAGUGCCAGCAGCAUUACCAGUACUGCUGCCAUGCCGAGAAGAACCUCCAGUAACCCUACAAGACCACCCAUGCGACCCAACAACACCGACACAAUAAUGGAACCAGAAGAAGAUUCCGCAAUCACCAGUGCCAGAAACAUGAGAGCCAAACGAUUGGCUCAACAAAAAGUUGCGUCCAGAGAGGCGGAUCUUAGAUUGCAAUCACACAAUCCGGCCGUACAGGCAUAUCUCGCAAGAAAGGAAAAGGAACGGGAGCACACUACCACUACUACUGCAACUAGCAGUCAAUACUCCAGGAAACCAAAACAUGAUGACGACGACGACAAUAAGGAAGAAAAACGAGAUGAACCAUCCUAUUCGGCUCGACAGAAUCGACCACCAACGGCUUCGAGGCGUCCGACACACCAACAACAACCCAAGGCGGUGCAAGUACAGUCCAACAUGACAACUUAUACCUAUCAGUUUCAGCCACAACAAGCCAGUAGUAGUAGUGACAAUGCUGCUACCAGUGAUGCCAAUAAUACAACGUCAGUGACACGGGCGCGAAGACUGCUCCAAUCGUCAGCUGCAGCAGCAAGUCCUUCGUCGUCUUUUCAGGACGAGUUCACCAAAAAGGAACAACCACCCACAACAACAACACGCAGAUCGGCCCCAUCCACUAUUUUGUCAAAUACAACCACAACAGCUUCUGACGUCAAAACAUCUCACAGUCGCAACAACAGUGCUGGAAGUACUUCCAGUUACUCGUCCCUCAAACCACAGCCAUUUGUGCGAACAUCAUCCGCACCACACACUGCCAGCAAUACGACAACAACUACUCAUGGUCGAUCCAGCAGCUCUGGGAGCAUUGGGCAUUAUCAAUCCAGUAUUCCAUCGGCCUGGGAAAAUUAUUCCAAAGAUGCGGGUAUCCCGCCACGAGCAUCCGCCACCACAUCAAUGAUUAAUGCCGUGGCGGAUCCACCCAGAAUUCAACGCAAAACCAGUAGUCCAAGGACAAGCACAAACAGUAAUACUGACACUAUCCAUAACAAUUCGACCUAUUCGGAUUGUUCCGUCACUCGAGCCAGGCGGUUGUUGUCGGAAGGAAAAGAACGACACUCCAAUACUAAUACACCCCUCAUGAACACCACCACGACAACCACAAAUACUCCUCCUGCUGCGUCUUUGGCAAGGCCGCCCAGUGCUGCUGGAAGAUCAUCAUCCGCAAACAGCAGAUCCGUGUCCACCCCGUCCAUGGAUGCAGCGAGAAGAACGUCGUCUGGCGGCAGCAGCAACAACCAUGACAAUAAUAAUACUGCCGUCACAACCAUUCCUCGUCCGCUCCAGUCCAUUCAGAUGGGACAGGAUGACUGGAGUGUCCGAGUGUGUGUCAUUUCUGCUGUCGAUUUCCCAGUCCACGUGGUACCCAAUAUGCCACUCUCACCCGUAUUGAAAAUUGGAUUGGUUUCCAUGAUGCCCAAUGGCAAGGAACGACUGUUGCGAGAGAUUGAUCGCAAGGGAUUGGGAGCCGUGUCGGAACAAAUGAGAUGUACAACGACCAAAUUACUCAGCAAACGCGACAAUGGAGCCGUCGAAUUUCACGAAGAAUUACGAUGGGAUAAUGUCGCACUCAAACAACAAACGCAGGGUGAUUCUUCCUAUUUGGCAUUGGCCGUGGAAUUAUGCGCUCGUGGAGUCCUACGACCGGCCAAUCUGCACGAAUCGCCACCGCCACCGGUUCUUAGUAGUCCUUCCAGCAAGGGUUUUAGUCCUCUACGAGCCCGAGCCGGGACACCCCAAGGACGACAGAGUCCGGAAUCACUCCAAGAUGUCAACAACCCCAACAAUGCUGCUGCGGCGGCACCCGUUCGACCAGGAGGUCGAAUCGUCAACAUGUUUCGUAAAUCGGGACGCAAGGGCAAAACCGAUUCGGCGGCCAUGGAAUCGGCACAAGCGGCGGCGGCAGUGGCCAAGUUGCUCGUGGAAGGAUCCACAUCGCCAAUGACGCCAGGACCUGCCAUGACGUCCCCAAGUGGGGCACUGAAUGCUCCACCGCCACCUGUCACCGGGCAACAAGGAGGACGGACAACGUCGUCAUCGUCGUCGGUGCCCACUCCACAGGAAUGGGAUGUUACAUUGCGAGCACAGCCCGAAACUUCUUCAUCAUCAGACUCUGUCGUCAUGACGGAUGACAUUCGUCUGGGUAGUCUCAUUAUUCCCUUGACAGAGAUGGACGAUCUGAAACGACUGUUGCGUGAUCGGAGUCAACCGGCACGGUUGGAAAAAUGGUUUGAAGUUCAAAACAUGAAUGCUGCCGUGAUGAAUGCCAGCAACACGACUCCAAACUCAGCAUCGUCGCCGCGGCAGUGGUUACGAGGUAGCGAUCGUGGAGCAGAUGGUGGUGGAUCAGCACCCGGAUCUCGCAGCCAAUCGCCCAACAUUAGUGGCCGAGCACGGCGGAAUCCGAGUAUUUUGCUGGAGUUAUCCCUGUAUGCACCAGAAGUUUUGGACGAUAGCGAAGAUGAGAUGGACGAAGACGACAUGGAAGAGGAGGCCGACAGUGCGCCGAGGUCGGUGCCAGUGGCAAAGUCGUUUGCGAAACGAACCACGAUGCAAGUGCGACACCAAUUGCAACUGCAGAGUAGGAAUGCUGCCAUGAAUGCCGCCAACAACAGCAAAAGCCCGACUCGGGACAGCCGCGAUGAAGCAAAACAGGCAUCCCAGGCAAGGUCCCAGGACCCAGUUCUUGAGCCUGGGAUUAUUGAUUUUAUCAGUGUAGUUGGUGCACGUGAUAUUGGGGAUCAGAAACAAGACGAUGGAAGCAAGGGUUGGGUACAAUCGACUCCCGAGUGCUGCGUCUUGGAACAGUUUCCGCCUACAGAGGACUUUCACCUGCAUCAAAAUCGCAACCGUUCAGCUCGAUUGCCACAAAAAGUUGAAUGGUUUUGCUUUCCUGAUGGUGUCAAGCUGUGGCGUGGCACUCAGCCUCCCUCUGCAUCCGACUUUUUAUCGCAACAGCAGCAGCAGCAGGUUUCCCCCAUCAUGACACCGUCACAAAUCAUGGUGUCAGAGGCUGAAUCUACCUCGCUCGCAUUAUUCGACGCCUAUCUGAAUUGCACUACAUCGUUCAAUUGGUUCGUCAUUGCAUCCAAUUCGGACGAUUAUGGUUCUCACACGCAAAAGACGUACGGGGCUGUGAUCCGAUUCUACGUCCCAGCGCCAAUGGGCAUUGACCCAACCCAAGAUGAUUUUGCACAAACACUCAUGGGCGGAGUUCGAGAGGAAGAAGACGAAGAGUCGGACAUGUGGUUGGACCCAAAUCCUGAGCAAGAGCAGCCACGAGGCAUGUUCGGUGGCAAAGGAGGAAAGAAGGAAAAGAAGCGUCUUUGGGUUCCAAUUGGAAUUUGCGUGACGGCGUCGUUGCCCAUUGUGGGCAUUAUGGAAGCUGUUCUAAUGCGAUGUUGUGAGAUGCUGGCCAGUCGACCCAAGAUUGUCCCGACUGAAAAGAACAAGAUACACAACAUGAUUCAGCGGCAUCUUGCGAACCUGAUUUUGAAUUUCCAAAAACCUAAAGCUGGUGCAGUGAACUGUUCAGUGCCCUUCUUGUUGGGAGAACCCGUUCAAGUACGGUUGCCACCAAGAUCUGGACUGCCGCCACUGCCACAUGGGAAUGCCGUGGCCAGCGUUUGCCGACUAUUGGGACCGGAGGGCUUCAUCUUUGUUUUAGCGGCACUCCUGACCGAAUCGAAAAUCCUGCUUCACUCACACAAUCCAGCCAAUUGUGCCAUGGUGGCAGAAGUCAUGACAGCCCUUAUCUACCCGUUCUGUUGGUCUUUACCUUAUAUUCCAGUCCUUCCAAUGGGCAUGUUGGAAUUUAUCGAAGCACCCUUGUCGUACCUGUUGGGGAUCCCGUCUUGUUGUUUGGAACAGAACAUGGUAGAUCCCAUGGUUUUGGAUGAUGUUGUCGUGGUUGAUUUGGACACGGGGUUCUCCUCUCCAAACUGGAAAACCACCACUACAAAGUACAAAUCACCGACGCCCUUGCCUUCAUUGGUUGCCAGCAACAUUUCAAGAGCUGUCUACCGACUUUUGCGCGCAUUAGAGAAUGAGCACGAAUUCGGUGAAAGACACAGCCACGCAGUGUCAAAUGCAUCGGAUCGUCUACCUCGCAUCCAACCAGAAUCAAAGGCAGAGCGAGAGUUUCGAAUUGCCAUUGCCCUUGAAAUGGGUGGCCUUGUGCGAGGAUAUCAAGAUUGCCUCGUCUUUGUUUCGACUUCGCAACCUGUUUUUAAUAGGGAGAAAUUUCUAAAACGAGCUCCGGCCUUGUUCAUUGAGGAGCCCUCUGGUGGUGCUAUUGGAAGCCGCGCAAACAAAGUCAAGACCAAUCGAAGGAUCCUAUCUUCCCGAUCGAAACGAUUCCUCUCAAUACUGGUUAAUUGCCAGCAUUUCCAUCAGUUCCUUGAAAUGCUACGGAGCGAAGAGUGUGCGUUCUUCCACGAGGUCAUGGAGAUGUGGAUCAAAGGCGACGAGAGCAGUAAGAAUAGCGAAGGCAGCGUCUUUGAAAGCAGCUCGUCGUUUGACCAUACCAGGGCCAUCGGUCACCUCAGCAAGAGUCUACAAACCUUGGAGGAUAAGGUGUCUACUUUCGAAGUCACCCAGAUACACAGCAACAAACCGAACGGAUCUAAUCCUGAAGAUGACGUCUUGCAAGACGAGGAUUACCAAGUCUUGAGCAGAGAUUGUCGUUUCCCGAGGAACUUGUUGCAGCAGAUUGAUCUUGGCGCCAACUCGGCCGACCAGGACAGUGAUGCUGCGAAUGCGGCGUCAAAGUCAUCCCAGAAUCAGGGAGUACACCACGCCAGUCUUUCUGUCCAAUACUUGGUCGAAUUGGAGAAGAAUCCUUGGCGGUACAGAAAUAUGUUUGAUAUUUCAGUGCCUAAAGCGGAAGGAGCAGAGCCGACUCCAGUAAGCGAAAUAAUUGCAGGUAACCAGUCAGUGCUAGUACGGGAAAAGCUGAAGCUUUCUGAUGCACUCGGCGAGCGAAAGUUCCGAGCUUGGAAGAUGUCAAGAGACCAGAUGGGCGAGGAAGGAGACCCGAGUGCAGGCAAUUCCGUCGAGGACAGUCUGAUGAAGCCCGGAGACUUUGGAACGUCGUUGGACCUUGCAAGCCUAAUGACUUCGGCGACGGAAGAUACCUUUUCAGAGACUUCGUCACAGUCUUCGUUGGCCAACGCUUCAAUCAAUUCCCGUGGAGCCGCCGGCAACCCACGAUCUAGCCUCACACCGGAGCAACAGCGAGUUGCAAAUGCCAAAGAUCGAGAUGUACUGAGACGGUGCCUAGAGAAAGCGUAUGCUGCCAAACCCAGCCAACAGCAAGAUUCUCAAGCAAUGUCGGACAUCUUCACCCAUCAUGGCCGCGAUUUGGUUGCAGAGGCUGAAGUGGCGCUGCGGAACCCCUCUGCCCAACACUUUUUGCUUUCUCUUCUGAGCAAACGAUCCAAAUUGGACGAGCAGCAAAAGCAGCUUCAGAGUCGGGGUUCCACUGAACGGCGAAACAGUCGCCGACUCAGCAAUGCCAACUCCAUCUCUAGCAGCCGCCUGGAGCCCAUUGCCUUUGAAUGCGUUGUGCGUCUCUGCUGUGCAAUGUUGGAUUCUUGCAUGGAGACCAAGGACUACGAACCAGCAUACUUGUUAUUGUGUCACACAGCUGGAUUGUUCACUCUACAACCCGAAAGCAUGAACGAUACCGGUCUGAACAAUGACGGAAACGCUGACGACGGUGCAGGCAGUGUCCCUCAGCCCAUGUACAUGACAGCCAGAAUAGGUUUGCACCCCCUAUUUGCAGAUUUGGGGCUGUGGCAGAAAGUGAUGAGUUUGCAUUUGGCAGAAAAGCAGUCCAGCCUGGCGGCAAGCGACAGGUUACCCAACGAUAAGAGCGACAGGGUCAGUAGUGGAGGCGACUCUUUGCAAUCCCUGUCGCGUUCCGAGAGUUUUGAAAAUGACUUGCCUUCCAGCAACGACGACGACAAGCAGUACGAGGCAGCCGUUGCAACCUUGUAUGAAAUGCUGGGCUACGGAAUUCCGGCCGAAGAGCUAGCGAGAUUUGCCACCAAGGUGAGCCAGUCGCAGGGCUGGUUUGGCCCGGGCAGUGAACGAGGACAAUCGCUCCUAUUGUUAGCAAGACGUCUGAGCAUGCGCAGAGAGCUGGCUGAAAAUGGUGGCGUAGCCCCUGGGGAAACUGGAGACUUGGAUAUCAUGCGGAAUAGAACAAAUACCGAAGACAGCAAGGAAAUGAUGAUGGAAAGAGACUUGAUUGAGAGCAGCCGGAUUGACGAUGAUGAUGACGACGAAAUCGAAUAUGAGAUUCUGGAAGUUGGCUGGUGUCAUCCAGCGGCUCCGCCGGCCGCUACUGCAGCUGGAGCAAAGGGAUCCUCGACAGCUUCUAACUCUACCGCCAGUUCGGUAGCCUUGCGCGGCGGUGGACAACAAACCGAAUACAUGAAUCGCUCGGCUGUUACGGCCCUGGCCACAUUUGGUCCAUCCGUGGUAGUAUCUGGUGGUUUGGAUGGAGGCGUUUUCCUGGCUCACACAGCCCCACGGAACGAAGACGAUCGCGCUGAUUUGUCAUCUAGUAAUCACCCUAGCGCUGUGGUUCGGGGGAUCCAUCUUGACUGGGGGAGUUCUGGGAGCAGAGCGAUUCCUGGAUCGACAGUGGUGUCUUCUGCGGACGGUGAAUACGGCGUCGGAGCGGUUAGUUGCUUGGCUGCCGCAACCGGAGCAGGUGGGCAUCAUCAUCGGACGCAGGCAAGUUCUCAAGCCACCAAAGAUGUUCUUGGUCUGAUGGAUGACGAAGAUAUGAUCAGGGAAAUGGAGGACAGCCGUGUAAUUGCUGGCACUACUUGUGGCGACUUGAGAAUAUGGUCCGUCAAAGAUGUCUACGCCGCUAUAUAUGCAGCACAUUCAGGGGAAGAUGGCGGCGGCGGAGACUCUCACCGGACUGCCCAUCCUAGCGACGCGUCGUCUAGCUUUAUCCCGGCCACACCCACACGACGACGGUUGGGUGGAUCAACCACCAGCGAGUCUGGUGGUACUGGAGGCAGCAACAACCCUUUUAACCGGCUCAAGUUCUCGCUUCGUGGACGGGCUUUGUCGGGUCAUCGUGGUGGUGUUACGUGUGUGGAUGUCCCAUCACAUGUUUACCGGCCCGAUUCGGUUGUGACUGGUGGUGCCGAUGGCUUGAUCAAGUUGUGGUCGUUGAGAACCUCCACAGUGGGACGCCGUGAUCAUACAUCCUUCGUUACCACCGCAUCGUCUGGAUCAUCUGCUGGCCAAUUGGGUCGACGCCUUGCCGCCAAUCGAGGAGGAGACGCGUUGAGUGUUCUGAGUGGUCACGGUGGCAGAAUCCUCUGCGUGAAAACAGCCUGGCACGGAGAUCGAUUAUUGAGUGGCGGUGCUGAUCGCACCAUUCGAAUCUGGGACAUGAUGUCGGGAAGCAGUGGGGGUGGAACAACAGCAUUGAGCGGCAGUUCAGAUGCAGCCUGCUUGCAUACGUUGUCCGGUCACUUUGGCUGGGUAACACACGUGCAGUAUUGGGGACCGAAUACCAUCGUGUCGGGAUCCACCGAUCGAUCCAUUGCGUUAUGGGAUCCUCGUGUGCGGAACUCUCCUUUGUUUGUUCUUCGGCACCAUCACGCACCCAUCUCGGAUAUUAUGGUCGGUUCCCGGACUGAUCCCUUGAUGGUGAGCGCUGCCAGUGAUGGAAGUGUGACGACCUGGGAUUUCCGGUCUCUUUCGGGUGCAGCAGCUGCUCUUCAACAGCAGAACGAAAGCAACAAUACAACUGGUGCUGAUCCGCCAUCAGCUGCUGGAAGCAAGCAUUGCAAAGUGGUUCGCCACCCCGCAGCCAUUAUGAAUUUGAGUGGUCCUUCGGACCGUUUGUCGUUGGCACGAUCCGGUCCUGUGAUGUUAUCUCGUGGGGAUCGUCUCCACAAGAGGACGGUUCUGAGUGCGGGGAGCGACGCCAUGAUGCGCGAAUGGGAUAUCUCGACGGGUCGAUUGUUAAAGGAAUGGAACAGCGGUCAUUGUGAUGCCCUGUCGAGUUUGACCUCUGUUGCGACAGCCUCGUCCAACACGUUGCUAGGAGUGGGUUCAGAACCCGAGGGGCAGUCGUCUGUUGGUGGCACCAUAACGAGUUCCUGGGACGGGACUAUUCGAAUGCGAAAACGCGUUUCCAAGCGUUACCGGUAGUGGUGGUCUUAGGAUGAGGUUGUACUAAGUUACUAAUGGUAUGAAAUGGUCCAAUGACAGAGGCAGCAUCGUGGUUAAUAAAAAGAUUCAUAAUAAUAGAGUCGGAUUACGAUAACAGCAGCUAGAUUCAGUCAUCCACCCAGCGCUUGCAAAGCUUCCACACUGAUGCAUUGACGGUGAGGCAGCGGCGACCCAAGCCGGUUCCAAAAUACAUAUCAUCUCGGGGCUAGCUAGCCAGGCUCGAUCUUCAUGAUGGCCCUUUAAUUAAGGCUCAAUAAUUCCCACCGUGGCACCGUGACUGUCACCAUCAUCCGUUUCGUCCUCCCCAGCUUCCACCCUGCGCCUAGUACGCCUGACUCUUCGUGCCAAAUCAGCAUCAUCUCUUAGGACGGCUCUUGUCACAGUUGUAUUACAGCCGAGAACUGGGCAAGGGCACUGACGACCUCCCUUGGAUCGGAUAUAUGCCAGGAUUCCCUCCCGAGAGUAGGAAUGCAGGCAAGUUGAACAAGUCACAGGAUCUUCCAUCCACUGGGCUGUAAUGCAGCACUUGCACUUGCUGAUAGUAUUCUCGUUGUUAAGCGCAGGAAACCUGUCGUCUUCGGGAGCACUGGCACUAUGACAGAGAACGUCAAACAAAAAUGCUGCUCCCAGCUUGGACAUGGGGCCCUUCACCUCCAGUUUCUCCUUCAUAGACAUGCCUCCCCAGUGCUUGCCCAGAGCAACGGCGCAUCUCUUUUGUAGACAUGACAAUGAGGACUGUUUAUCAUUCUGAUUGCUAUUGCCACCUUCGUCCUGUCGGCGUAGCAACUCAUCUUCAAUCAAACAGAGACGUAGCGCAAAUGAUGGGUCAAUUCGUUUUAGCUUGGACGGAGCCGUGAGAACCUGGAAUUUUUUGAGACCCAAGCUUUCAGAAUGGACAAUGCAAACCUUUUCCACCAGCUUGCUAAGGUGGGGUUGUUUCAGCUUGGAUGCGGUAAGUGUUGUGAGAGCCUGCAACUUUUCGAUAUCCAAGCUGUCGCAAUGGACACGGUAUACCGCUUGAACAAGUUUGCUAAGGUGGGGACAAUGUUCAGUCUCAUCUGGAAUGAAGCGGAUAACAUCAACCCAAAAGUCAAAAUCAACACAGAGGUCAACAAGGUCGGCAAGAUCCAUUCCAGGGUUGACUAAGACCCUAGCACAAUGCUUUGCGCACAAACUCAACAUGGUUUGGUUGCGAAGCUCUUUGGCUCUGAGGUAGUCACGUCCAAGCCCUUCAGAAGUUGUAAGAAAAAUGAUAUUUUCUUGGCAAAAGAAGUCUUCCACAUCCUUUCGUAACUGGGCAAUUUCAAAGUACUCUCCCAAGGAAUGCAUUGCAAUAACGUCUUUGGAGGCAAAUAGCAGCCUUGUUGCGGAGCCAUAAAGAUAGUCCAGAACAGCAGGGAAAAGAGAGGCAGUGGACUUGUGCAGUUCAAUGCGACUGGUGCAUUCUUGAGAUUCUUGAAAUGCAUUCUUGAACGUCUUGGCAAAGUAACCACUCUUGCGAUCUCCAUGUGCCAAGAUGCAUUUGUGGACAUGGUAGGUCGUGGCUUGUUCCUUGUUGUCACCAUCCGUAAAAGUAAUCACGAUGGUCCAAUCACUAAAGGUUUCUUGUGGAUCUCCUCUCCAAAAGAAGCCAUCUACGCCUCGCUUGCCGCUCGGUUCCUCUGCGGAUGAAUGCGACGCUGCUGCGCGUUUCGACAUUGUAUCAGCCCUUGACGAUUGCACAGAGCAGAGAAGAGAUACCAACAACGAAC